UGGGUUUCGGUUGUUGUUGUCAUGGCGGUUGUUCAAAUUAUCGUCAGUUAAACUCGAACAUUUUUUAAAAAGAAUUGACCUUUUGGGACAUUUUAAAACAACGUUAACAACACUAAGUUAAACUUUGAAGCGUAAUUAAAUCAGGAAAUGUCGUUUAUAGUUGGCGAGGAAACGGUGGGACGUUCAUUUGGAUCAACUUGAUGUUUGUAUACCGGCUAGCUUGGGCUAAUUGCUAAGUCUGACUGCUAAGUUCAGUCAGUCUGAGAGAAAGUGGUGUUUAUUUUAUUGAAUUGUUUACUCGCUUCUUACAUGUAAAUAUCGCGCUUUGCACAAGUCAUGUCUUUCCAUUGUGAAUGGAGAGCGCACAUCAAAGACCGGAACAUAUUAUUUCUCUUAUCAAAGACAACGGUGUGAGAAGUGACUCAAAAAUACUCACAACUGCAAUUUUCCGACGAAAAUAGACAUGUUAUAGUUGUAUAUGUUGUAAUUAUCAGUAGAUAGAGAAAAGUUAGUCUUUGUUUUAUAGCGUAAUGUGCGCAAAGGUCAAAAGUCCUACGAUUUACUCAAAUCAACAGAGUCAAAGGAAAGACUGGUUUGUUUUAGAACCCAAACACAAUGAGGUCAUCACCGGAAACUACCACUACAACAAGCUGGUGUUCAGUGACUCCAUGCCUCCGUGCGCCAUCAACCGUGCCACCCGUGUCCACCCACCGGUGCCCAUCAUGAUCGAGAAGCUGCUGCCGCUGUCGGAGGAGCGUGACAACGUGGACAGCAGGAGGAGCUCCAUCAGUUUCACCGCUCUCUCUGAGGAGUCGCUGCAGGCAGCCAUUUUCCUCGCCAAGAGAGAUGUGAGACGAAGACACAAGGAGUCGCUGGUCAGAUCACCCGCUAAACCCUCUGAAGGCGCCUCUGUGUGUGGAGCAAGUGAUGCAGAGCUGCUGGAGGAGCUCGCUGCCACUCCGAGCAAAGCAAAGUUAAAGACCUCCAGUCCGAAAGAGAAAACAUCCCGUCCUGCAAAGCAAGCACCACAGAGGCGUCCUCUGCAUCCAACGCCAAGGUUCAGACAGUCCCCUCCAUGCAGAGACACAGGUCCAUGUCCACUGGACAGCGACCACCAGACUCCUCUGAACCAGGAAAUCUACAAACUCCAGUUUGAGCUACAACGUUAUAUUCAGAAAGUGGAAGAGAUGACCAACAGAGUUGGGGAAACGGAGGAGCUGCUGGAUCCACAAGAAGAAAAAAAGUUGGAGUUGCGACGAGAAAAGCAGACGGCUCGUUCUGCACGAAUCGUCUACGUUCUCCAACAACAGGUGAAGGAGAUACAAGAAGAGAUGGAGAAGCUAAGAGGAAAAACAUGGCACACCAAAAAGUCCUCUGCAGUGAACAGACUGGCAGCCGCUCACCGCGGGACACUCCGAGUCCUUCAAGAUCUCAUCCACCAGCUUUCAGAUCCGUCUCUCAGGAAGAUGCCUCCUCACCACAAAGAGCUGAACCAGCUGAUUCACCAGCUGUGUUUGUGCUCAGCGAAGGUGGACGUGGCCGAAGGUUCGGCCGUGCCCGAGACGACCGUCGACAUCCUGCAGAAGCUACAGACUCUGGGUUCUGCUCUGCGUAAACAAGAGACUCGUGAACGAGUGCAGGCUCAAACGUGCCCUCCACACAGGAAGUCUCCUCAUCGCAGCGUGUCGCCCACUAGUGUCCUCAAGGGUCCCAGCGCCUCUAAUGUUCGAGGACCUCGGAAGCCUGUAAAUCCCAGGAGAGGUGUCCGUGCAGGAAGGAGAAUGACCUCACAGAGAACUAAAGCCGCUCCUCAGCAGCUCAUGAACAGAAGAGAAGUGCUGAGAUGUGGUGUGGAGAAGCUGGUCCAGCAGAGAGGACGACCUCAGACUAACACCACGUCCAGAAGAGGACCUCACUCUGACAGAGCGAGGGACGACGUCAUCGCAAAGCGCAGCGGUCAGGCCGGAGGUGCAGGUUUCCAGCAGCCGACCGUGUCGUCUCAGCUCCGAGUGAACGAACCUCCACAGAAAGAGAACCCGGUGCCGUGGAUCCCGACGUCUCCUCACUCUCCACCUGCACAGAGGAGGUCUCCACAGAGACACAGACCAGAGCCUCGGUGUCUCUUCUCUCCAGUGAAGCCCUCAGAGAACACGGCGAAGCCCAAAGAGCCACUGCUGAGCUCAGAGAAGGAGAAACAAGCCCAGAAUGAAGCAGUCAGGAACGCCUGGCUGGACAAGAUGACGAUGCAGAGACUGAAGGAUCUCAACCAGCUGAGUAAAGAAGAGGCAGAACGCAUCCACAGAUUAAGGUCUGAAGCGAUUUCGCCAACUCAGUGGGCUGAGAGAGCCGAGCAGGAGGCCAGAGACAGGAUUCAGCCUCUUCUGGACCAAGCUCAGCAGAUUGGCCAGAACAGGAUCAGCUCCUCACUGAGACAUCGUCACACGACCGCAGAGCAGCUCAGUGAGGACCAGAGUGAGGACAGGGCUCAGGCCGCGUGGGCAGCAGACACACGCCUGCAAGCUCCUCCCACCCUGGAGACCAUGCUGCUUCGUAUGGAGCAGAUCCAGAGGGAUCAGGAGGAAGUGAGGAGACGUUUUGCUUCCAUCACGUACUCAGACCCUCUUUACUGGGACCAACCAGGAGGAGGAGCAGCAGGAGACCAGCGUCGAGCUGUGAGCUCCACUCCAGCGUCGCCUCAGCCCAUCAGACUGACCAGGCCUGUGCUGAAGCAAAGCUCUGCUGCUGAGAUUGUCCUGGAGAAGCCAGUGGAGACUGGUUUUGUGUGUGAGGACAGUCAGACUGAAGCUGGUGACGAGCAGCUUCAUCAUCUUCAUCAUCAGAGGAACACUGCAGUGUUUCCAGGUCCAGUGCAGAGAAACAGACAGACCGUUUUAUCAGUGCCAGGCGGCAUGCUGGGAAAUAUCCUGAAAUACAGACGCGAGUAUGACGACUACCUGCACGUCGUCGCUCACGAGGACGUUGGCAGCUUCAACCCCUGGACCACAGCGAACAGUCUGGCUGAGGAUUUCCUCUCUGAGGCUCUGGACGACGUCGCAGCAGAGUUCCAGGACGUGGUGGAGGAUUACGCCGAGGCCGUCUUCACCUCCGAGUUCCUCCAGCCGACGCAGUCUCGUUCUCCUCAUCCUGCUGCUGCAGCUGCUGUGUUCAGCCACUAGGGGACAAACUUUAUUACAGUUUUAUUUAUUAUUUUAUUUAUUUGUUCGUAGCGAGCGCUGUGAUUUAUUUCAGUAUUAUCUUUCAGUUUUUUUCUUUGAUCACAGGAGCGUCCGUCUGUAAAUCACGUCGUUCAUCUUGAUUUACACACAGAAAACUCCAGGGAAGAACAUGCAGAAGAUCAGGUGCAUUUAAAAGCACGACAACAGAAUAAAAGGUUUAAUAUUCACAGAAUGAGCCCAUGUCAAACAACAGUGACAACAACUGCUCGUGAGUUUGUUGUAAAGUUUGUUUAAUUUCACGUUACUUUAGUUCAAGGGCCUUGUUUUCCAGACAGAUUUAUGAAAAGGUUUUUUUUACUGGUCAGGUGACUUCUGCUGCGGUCACACGGCUCAGAAGCAGCGACAAACAAAUAAAGUCAACACUCAGACGUGAGCACACGUGGAUUUCAUGUUCGUCAGACGCUGAGAAUAUUUCAAAUAUCGUGUUGUGUUUAUUUUUGUGCAUCGGUUGCUCGAGUUGAACAUUUUUAAUUCUCCCACUGAUGUCACAUGACGGGAUCUCAGUGUCCGGUCACGAUGAUUUUAUCUACAGGAAUAACAUCAGUGUACGACGUUCUCCACGUGUAACAUGCGGUUUCACGGUUUGACCGCAGUGUGAAGAACAAGAGGAAAGAAAAGACGAUCGCGACUCAUCGCGAAGUAUCAACGCAGAAUCGCUUUAAGACAAAAGUCGUUUGCACACAU